AUGUUGCUCGCGCCGCUUACAUCGUUCCUGGCCACUGCCGUUACCGUGUAUGCUGCUGCGACACCCGCUGCUGAUAAUGGCUUCGAGUGGGAUCCGGAGGCAUUCAAGAUUGCUGCGGUGCGCCAGCCACCAGUGGGAUUCGUCUACCACGAUCUCUGGGAGACGACCACCUGGUAUAACUACAACCUUAACGCCACAAUUGCUCAGUCAGUCGAGAUCAUUAAACAGGCUGCGGCCGAGGGUGUCAAGUUUAUUGCCUUUCCGGAAAUCUAUUUCCCUGGUUACCCUGCCUUCCGCACCGCCAACGGUCCAGAGGACUUCGCGCAAUAUGUAUCGCAGACUAUGGAGCCCGACGACGCUCAGUGGCAAACUCUGAUGAAGGCUUUCGCCGAAGCAAAAAUGUAUGGUGUUGUCGGGUGGGCCCAGAGGGCUAACAACUCUCUUUUCAUGACCCAGAGUCUUGUUGGCCCUAUGGCUGAUGGCUCAGCAGGAACCAUCUGGAAACACGAAAAGUUCCGCCCCUCUGGCGAGGAGCAUACCCUCUUUUCGGACGGCUUACUCAAUACAAUCCGCGCUCAAAAACUUCCCUUCGGUCAUGUUUAUCCUGAGUCCCGGUUUAUCUCCGGUGCCCAACUCGCCAACAUUCACGUCGCGUCAUUCCCAAUCGGCAGCUCAGUCGCUAAUGCGACUGGCACCAAUGUUAACCCGUACACUGGUUGGCAUGCCGAUGCCAAAGCAUACGCCGAGACAGCCGCUGGCUCCCCUAUACUCAUGCUGCCAACCUUUGGUGCCUCGGGCAUUUUCGACGGAUCGACUACACUGAACGAGUCGACAAACACCCUCACAACAGGUUCAGUGCCGUAUGUCACUGCUGUUCUCAAUACGACGACGUUCAGUGACACCUCGUACAGCGUGAACGCAUACAACAGCUGGGGAGCCGUCGAGAACAUCAUCCAGAAUCUGCCCUCUGAUAUGCCGCAGCGCAAAGGCCCCUUCCUACAGCGCGUCAUCUUUACGAUUGACCAGCUCACCAAAGCUUAUAUUUGGACCCCGGGUUUGACCUGCACGCCAACUUCCAAGUGGCCGUGCCUCAAGGUCUGGCCGCAGCACAGCGAGUCGGACUUCACGGCUUCGUCUGUUUGA